AGCUGGACCGGGAGCGCUCGUCCCCGUUUUUCGCGCGCGCGCUCCCGCGCCUCCACCUGCCUCCACGCUCGCGCCGUCGCGCGCUAAAACGCGAGAAACCAGACCGUCUCAAAACGUCCGCGUGAACGAACCCACAGCUGCGUGUCUCUUUUUUAAACGGAUGAUUUCGGACCUUAUUGAACUUAUUGAUACGUUUCGUAUCACCAUGGCAACGGCGGUCAGCGGUGACGGAGGGAGCGGGUCGGUAGACACGUCACGCGGACCCGGUCGCGUGUGAGUGGACCAUCAACUUGAUAACUGACGUUAAUGAGCUAUGAGCGGGACUCCAUCCAGCAUGCAGCAACACUCGUCAGGAGAGAUUAAACCACGUCUCAAGGACAUUUAUGGACGUCUGUCACCUCAUCGUCGUAGUCGCUAGGAGAGGACUCUCACCGGAAAAAGCGUUUUAGUUUGGCUGUAAUUUGUUCCUGACGCGCAGGUAAAAGAGGAACUUGUGGAAAAGGCCGAGAUGUAAAUUGCGUGUUGACGGAGAGACAAACAGCCGGACGGAGCAGAGUGACAAGUCGACCCGGCGGGGGGGGCACCAUGGAGGACGAGCCGCAGGGCUUCCCGGGGGACGGCGGGUUCGCCUCUAACAUCGUGGAGCUCGACGACUUCGGCCCAACCGAAGACGGACUCAAGCGGUCGGCGCCAAGCGGCGUCGUGGACGUUUUCCGAGCAGGCGACGGCCCGAAGAGCCGAAAGGACGGCGAGUGGGACUCGAGCGGCCGGGGGCCCGGCGAGCCCCGGGUUCAGGUGGAGGUCGGCGUGGCGAGAACGGAGCGGGCCCCCGAGCCCCGAGCGGCCGACCCGGGGCCGGAUGGGACCGGCGUGACCCCGCAGAGCGACGGGGAGACGAGACGCAGCACUGCCGGGGGCGUCCCCGAACGCAGCCUGGAGCCCUCUGUCCAAAUCACCAAAAACGGCCCCGACGACGGCCGAGGCGGCGCCACAACCGAGCUCCCGGGCGAAGCCAAAGCGGAGGAAAGCCCGCCCGCCGGCGGACCGCCCGCGCUGCCCGACGUUGAGUUCAGAGGCGCCCAAGCGAGGGACAGCCUCUACAGCAGGUGGGACCGGCAGUACUCAGUCGGGGACGGAGAGGAGGACGUGCGGAGCACCCGGUCCAGUCGGAGCGUGAAGGAGGGCGUGUCCUGCUGCUACCAGGCCUUCCACAGGGCCUUCCUGCAGUGCGCGGAGGAGACUCCGGCCAUGCUGUCCGGACUGGUGCUGUCUCUGGCCUUCUGCGUGGCCAUCAUCGUCCUCAUUCCCACCACGCGAGAGACCCUCAUCGAGCACGUGGGCGCCCUGUCGGUGCUGUCCGUGGUGCUGUGCCUGAGCGCCGCCCUGCUCGUCUGCCUGCCCUGGGUGGCCACGUUGAGGCGCUGCGGAGGAGCCCUGGCGCUCUUCGUCUGGGGGACGCUGUACGUUGUCGCCAUCGUCUUCAUCUUCACCGACGAGCCCGUCACCGCGUGGGACCAGGUGGCGUUCUUCCUCUUCCUGUCUCUGAGCGUGUACACCGUGCUGCCCCUCUCCAUGGCCUGGGCCCUCAUGGUGGGGAUCGGAACCAGCCUCUCGCACAUCGUCAUCAUCAGCGCGUACGUCUCCGUCACCAGACGAGGGACUCCCGACCUGGCCGAGCAGCUGGUAGCGAAUGCGCUGCUGCUGGUGUGCGUGAACGGCGUCGGGAUUUUCCACCUGUGGGUGAGCGAGCAGGUACGCAGGAAAUCCAACCAGAAGAGAGAACAGUUCAGCGUCAUACGCUCCGCCAAGGAAAUAAGGAAAUACCAGCAGGAGCUGCUGCUGCUGUCGGUGCUGCCGCGGUACAUCGCCAGGGAGCUGAAGACCGAGGUCAUCAACAAGCUCUUCAAGCCCAAAGACAAGGAGGAGAAAAAAAGCUUCCACAGCCUCUACGUGCGCAAGCACAGUGACGUCAGCAUCCUGUACGCGGACAUCGUGGGCUUCACCCAGCUGGCGAGCACCUGCACGCCGGAGGAGCUGGUCGCCGUGCUCAACAAGCUCUUCGGCCGGUUCGACGUCAUCGCCAAGGCCAACGGGUGUCUCCGCAUUAAGAUCUUGGGCGACUGCUACUACUGCGUGUCUGGUCUCCCCGACCCCAUCCCCACCCACGCCAGGAACUGCGUGCAGAUGGGUCUGGACAUGUGCAAGGCCAUCAGCAAACUGCGAGCGGCGACGGGGGUGGAGGUCAGCAUGCGCGUGGGCGUCCACACGGGCAACGUGCUGUGCGGCGUGAUCGGCCAGCAGAAGUGGCAGUACGACGUGUGGUCGCAUGACGUCACGUUAGCCAACCACAUGGAGUCCGGAGGUCUCCCCGGGCGGGUGCACAUCACGGAGGAGACGAUGCAGCACCUGAACGGAGCUUAUGAAGUGGAGGACGGGGACGGGGGGAGCCGGGACCCUCUUCUCAAAGGCAGAAAAACCUACCUGGUGAUGGACCCACACAGGCACAACAGCUUCCCCGGGAUCAAUAGACUAGCUCCACUGACCGGCGAGAACAGGCGGCGGGCGUCCAUGCGGAUGUCUCAGUACCUGCGGUCCUGGCAGACCAUCCACCCCUUCGCUGACUUCAGCGACCCGAACGCCGCGCCCGCCAACAAGAAGCGCCGCACCAGGCGCUCAGCGGUCCGAUCCCAGGGCUCAGCGGAUCGGCAAACGUGCUCGAACAACCACGGCUGUCUGGUUGUGGACAGCGGUGUCAGGGGGUCACUGGACACACUGGACCGGGCAGUGAGCAGAAAAAAGAAGCUCAACUGUUUGACUCUGCUGUUCAACGACCUGAGUCUUGAGAAAGCGUUCUCCCUCUCGGAGGUCAAAGGUCUGCACCAUUCCGUGACCUGCCUCGCUCUCAUCUUUGUCACUAAUUUCGCGGUCCAGAUGCUGGUCUCCAUAAAGAAUUUUGAGCUGGCGGUGUCGUACGGCGCGACCUUCCCGGUGCUGCUGCUGCUGGUGUCCAUCACGUUCACCGGGUACCUGCAGAAGUGGAGGACCAAGAUCCCGCACGGCGUUCAGUGGAUAUCGGGUCUGUCCCGCGGCGUCUCCAAGAGGGCGGCGCUGCGCCUGUUCGUGGUGGCCCUGUGCGUUCUCAUCACCUUGCUCAUGGCCGUCCUCAACUAUUCCUUCCUUCCUGGAAACGACUGUCUGUCGAUCACCAACAGAACCCAGCUGGAGGGCUUCAAACUUCACACCGGGCCCUACUACCUGUACUGCUGCCUGCUGGCCAUGCUGGGAGUGAUCGUGUUCAUCAGGACCAGCUUGUCGGUGAAGUCUCUGCUGCUCACGCUGGCCGUGGUGGUUUACCUGGCGCUCUUCCUAGACGUUUUCUCCAGGAGGUCCACCUGCCUCGUCAACCUGCACUACAACGGCACCCAGCCGGGCAUCCUGAAGGACCCUCUGAUCAUGUCUGGGGUCUGGCUGGUCAUCUUCUACAUCGUCUGCCUCAUUCUGGCCCGACAGGACGAGCUGAGUUGCCGCGUGGACUUCCUGCUGGACCACUGUUUCAAGUCGGAGAGAGAGGAGAUGGAGAACAUGGAGAUGGUCAACAAGCUGCUCCUCCACAACGUCCUGCCGCUCCACGUCGCCACCCUCUUCUUGGGCAAAACUAUCCGCAACCAGGACCUUUACAGCCAGUCGUACGACUCUGUGUGCGUGAUGUUCGCCUCGGUGCCCGAGUUCAAAGAGUACUACAGCGAGAGCAGCGACAACCAGGACGGGCUGGAGUGCCUGCGCUUCCUCAACGAGAUCAUAUCGGACUUCGACGAGUUACUCCUCAAGCCCAAGUUCUAUUCGGUGGAGAAGAUCAAGACCAUCGGCAGCACGUACAUGGCCGCCGUCGGGCUGAGGCACGCGCCGCGGGGGGGUGAAGAGAAGAAGGUGGAUUUGUCCUACACCCACGUGCGCACCAUGGUGGAGUUCGCCAUCGCUAUGAUGAGCAAAAUGGGGCCCAUCAACGAAAACGCUUUCACCGACUUCAAACUCCGGAUCGGAAUAAACAGCGGCCCGGUGAUCGCCGGAGUGAUCGGAGCCCACAAACCUCAGUACGACAUCUGGGGGAACUCCGUCAACGUGGCCAGCAGGAUGGACAGCACGGGGGUGGUGGACAAGAUACAGGUGACGGAGGAGACGGCCCAGAUGGUGGAGAGCGUCGGGUACAGCGUCACGCUGCGAGGAGUCGUCCACGUCAAGGGCAAAGGCGACCUCACCACCUACUUCGUUGACAGGGACCAGUCGACGCCUCCCUUCUGACCUCCGCGGUGAUCACCUGUGUACCGAACGGCCCGGCCCGACCUCGACAGCCCCCCCCCCUAAACAUCUGUCGACAAAUGACUUACCGCGGAAACGAAGGCGUAGCAGCUGGGGAGAGGAGCUGCCUCCGUCCGUUGGGGUGAACUGCUAAAUAAAAUCCCCUUGAGUAAAAGGAGGAGCGCCUCCGUGUGCUCAGGACGACGGAGGAGCUCAGGGCGCCACCUGCUGUGUCUCCUUUCACCGUGGUGUCCUGGUAACACAAAGUGUGAAAUGAUGCCGUGGGAAACGCGGCGGAAACACGCCAACCAGCGGUGUCCGUGUGGGAUUCAUUCAGUGGACAAAAGAAAUAAGCUAUCAAGAACCAAAAAUUACAGUUGUUUUAUGAAGAUUUUAUUUUAGAUAGUUUACAAAUCGUUCUUUCCAUUGUUGUUUUAAAACACCAUUUACUAUUUAGUUAAUAAUUUUUUCUUGUAUUUAAAUGUUUUGCACUUUGGUACAGAACAGUCUUUGAAUGAAAUGUGUGUACUUUUUAAAGAUCUGACAAGACAACGUCCGAUAGACGGCGUAACGUUGUCUCAUCUGUAAUCCAUGAGUUUAUUGUGAAAUCCUGGAUCGUUCGACUUAUACUGAAUAAUCGUCACACCGUUGAUGAACAUGUAAAGUACACACUGCUUUAUUUGUGAUACGUGUCACAAAUCCGAAAAAACCUGGCAAAAAGAGGAGUUUUGUCAUGAAAAGCCAAAUAAUGCACAUUUUAAAAUGCACUUUCUUGCACUUAUUUUCUUAAAAGGAGUUUUACAAAAACAAAUGUUGAUCAUACACAUACCAGUUCUUUUUUUUAAUUUAAUCAAUGUAAUAUGUAUAUGUGAGGGAGGAUGUGUGAAUGCACGUGAAGAGUUUGAGUGUAGGAAAUAUUUUUCUAUUAUAUUUAUAAACUUAAUAAAAACAAAAAAUGC